CUGCACGCUAAUAAUGUUUGUGAUUAAUAUGCAAAUAAAUGGCCGCUGGGGUAGUGAGCGAUCGACGACAAAAUUGCGAAGAUGAUGGUCACUGUUGUCAAGGAUUUAUCAUUAAAAUACACACGUACGUACAGAUUUUAUGAGAAUUUGAUUUUUACGUGACAUCGUUGCUGCAUUUGUGCCAAUAAAAACUGUGGUUUUCUCUUGUUCUUGGCAUGGAAUUCUCCCUCAAAAAUUAGGUUGAGCAAGUCAUUCAGAAUGUCAUCGGAUUGAAGCUACCGUCAGCUCCUGUCUGUGCUGUCCAUGCUGCAUGGACUAAGGAUUUCUUCUGGAAAAAUCUCUUAAUUUUUUAAUUUUUAUUUUUUAAUCAAGUUGCAAACAUAGAAUUGAGUCACCUACAUGCAUGACAUGUAUGUAAGUGAAUGAGAUAACGUUGGAUUUGUUGGAAGGCGUGCGAGAUUGGAGUUCUUGUGAUGGAAAGUUGUGAAGAAAUUUCGUAAGGAAACCAGCCGCUGCAAAUGUCAGGGUGCCGCCCAGUUCUGCGAGCCUACCCCUUUAAUGUCGGGCCCGUCCCAGGUAGUAGAAGCCCUUCGCGCGUCCCUUCGUGCAGCCCCUUAAAGUUAUGGGCUGUGCACCAAGUAUAACUGUCUCUCAAAGUGGAGUUGUAUACUGCCGAGAUUCGGAUGAAUCCAAUUCGCCCAAACCGUCCACCUUCAGCCAGCAACAGAUAGUGCACAUAAGGACGGGUAAUACAGCCGAACUCUCUGACACGGGACUGUCCACGACCGGCACAGCCGUCACGGUGUUCCACAAGACGGAACGCCGGGGAACAAUUAGCAUUGAAGCGGAGACGCAGACGAGCAAAUCAACAGUAAGCAUGAAGGGAAUGACAAAUGAAGUCACAUUUGGCCCCAUGAAGGUGUGUCAGCGAACAAUGCAGGUUCUGCUGGUUUUCUCCAAGGAGGACGCAUUGAGCGACAGCUACUGGUGGGCCGCAGAUAAGGGGGGAUACAAAUGUAACAUUGUGCGUAAUCCCACCGACGCGCUGGAGUGCUUCGUAGAGAAGCAACACGACGUCAUCAUCAUCGAUCACAGACAUUCCAAAAACUUUGAUGCGCUAGGACUGUGCAGAUCAAUCAGGGCCACCAAAUAUAGUGACUAUGUUACCAUCAUAGCUGUUACAAGAAAAAGUUCUGCAGAUAGAGAUGAGGCGUCAAUCAUACCGCUUCUGAACGCCGGCUUCAACCGUCGCAUUCUGGAGAAUUCCAACGCUGCGACUUGUCUGAACGAACUCCUUCAGCUGGAGUAUGUCGAUGUAAGGUCACAACUUAAACUCAGGGCAGCGAAUGCGUUGUUUGGGGCUCUGGAGGCCAGCGCAGACUCGGUCGAGAUCACCAGCGAGAAUCACGUCGUUCAGUACAUCAACUCGGCCUACGAGCAGCUGACGGGUUACUCCAGCGAGGAGUUACUGGGAAGGGAAGUGGAAGACUUCCACCGAGAUAAGAACAAAGCGGAGCUGAUGGAUCCCAUCUACGCUCAACUCAAAAAGGCAAAGCCUUGGGAAGGGUUGCUUUAUUCCAAGAAGAAGAACGGCGAGAGCAUGCCUCAGUUUGUACACAUCAGUCCCAUCACUGGACAAGGAGGAAGAGUGCGUCAUCAUGUAUUCAACAUCAAGAGCCCCGUGGGUAUGAUCAGCCAGAGCGUCUUCAGUCAAGAGCUGCAACACAUCGACAAAAUCACCUCCGAAUUCUCAAAUGGUACGUCUGUACGUCGCCAAUCCAUGGCCAGAAUACAUUCAAUGACCAUAGAGGCACCUAUUACAAAGGUGAUAAACAUUAUAAAUGCUGCGCAGGAAAAUAGCCCCGGAACGGUCGCUCAGGCUUUGGACCGUGUCUUGGAAAUUUUACGCACGUCGGAGUUAUACAAUCCUCAGCUGUCCGCACAGCAGGUCAAAGAAGACGAUCAGAUGACUUCAGAUCUUGUGGGAGGGUUGAUGACGCAGGGUGGGUACAGUACCCGGAGAAGAAUGUCUGGAUCUGAGGUUGCAUUGUCCAAAACCACCAGCUCAGCGCGUUAUUCCCCAACUAGUCCGUCCUCACAUAUGACUCAGGUACCAGCGGAAGUCCAGAAGAUUCUGGAAAGGGAGGCGGCGUGGGAUUUCAACAUCGAAGAACUGGAAAGAAUAACACUGCACAGGCCUCUGAUCUAUCUGGGCUUGAAGGUCUUCAAUCGUUUCAAGGUGUGUAGUUUCCUGGGCAUCUCGGAGACGGUACUGCGCAACUGGCUGCAGGUGGUGGAGGCCAACUAUCACAGUUCCAAUCCGUACCACAACUCCACCCAUGCGGCCGAUGUCAUGCAGGCCACCGCUUACUUCAUCGGCAAAGAGAAACUCAAGAGUUGUUUUGAGCCUGCUGAUGAGAUAGCAGCAUUAAUCGCAGCUACAUUACACGACAUCGAUCAUCCGGGAAGAACCAACUCAUUCCUCUGCAAUGCUGCUAGUGAUCUGGCGAUACUCUACAAUGACAUCGCUGUCCUGGAGAGUCAUCAUGCGGCUCUGGGGUUCCAACUCACGACCAGAGAAGAUCGGUGUAACAUCUUCAAGGAGUUGGAUAGGGAGGAUUACCGCGCUAUGAGACACACCAUCAUCGACAUGAUUCUGGCUACAGAGAUGACCAAACACUUUGAGCACCUGUCCAAGUUUGUCAACUGCUUCAACAAGCCAGCGUUGAGAGACGGCGAAGACACUCUGUCAAUGCAAAGCACUGGCAGGAGUACUCCCGAUUCGUCCAGUUUGGCCAACCCGGAGAAUCGUGCCUUGAUUCGACGGAUGCUGAUCAAGUGUGCCGACGUGUCCAACCCUACCAGGCCCCUCAACAUGUGCAUGGUCUGGGCACGCAGGAUAUCAGAGGAGUACUUUGCACAGACUGAUGAAGAGAAGAAACGAAGUCUGCCAGUGGUCAUGCCGGUCUUCGAUAGGUUGAGUUGUAGCAUUCCCAAGUCACAGAUAUCCUUCACUGAGUAUUUCAUCAUGGACAUGUUUGAUGCAUGGGAUGCGUUCAUUGACUGUCCAGAGGUGAUGGAGAACCUCCGCACCAACUACAAAUAUUGGACAAACGAAGAAGAAAAAGAGCGAAGGUUAAAAGACGGCAGGGAUUGAGGGAAAGUAUUUAUGGCGUAGGCUUCGGCGACGCCAACGUUUUUUGGGAAUCGAUUUUGAUUCAGUCAUGAUUCUAUUCAGAAUCUCCGCCUCAUUUCCCCAGAAACAAUGGGGAAAAGCUCUAUACAUUCCACUAUUAUUAAUUAGUUCUUGUGAACUGGAUGCUAAGAGAUGUUAUUGCUCUUUUAAAACAUACAAUUUUUACUGCCUAAAAUAUUCAGCGAAGUUACCUUUUUCACAGAUGAAACUAGUACUCUGUGAUGAAACAUUCGAGAUAUUUAAAAGCUCUACUACUUUCACCCUGUGUGGGACAGGUUUUUCAACCCAUUAGUAACUUGCAUUACAUUUUAUCUUCAAGUAAACUUGAAUCCUCGAUCCUGAUUGGUCGAUCAAUGGCAACAAACCGUGCACAUUAUCCCGUGUAGCAUGGUCCAUACUGCACCCCGCAUAUCACACUAUACCAAGAUGCACGCGCCAUUCCUGCUGCACGCACGUGCAAUAGGAUAAGCGCUGAAAACUUCAUUAGGGUGUGCGUGUUCCACCUUUAGUGUGCGUCAAGUUUGCUUGAAGAUAAAUUUGUUAUCCCACUCGCGCUCGGUGAACACGAACAAUUUAGUGUGUCUUGCAUCCCAUUUGCGGGACACAGACGCACUACAUUAUCCUGUGCUCCACUCGUGCUCACGGGAAAACCAUAUAGUGGCUUCUGGGUGCUACAGGAAGUAAUAGGCAGGGCGGUUUCGGGUGUUACAGUGACUAAAGGGUUAAUAAGAAUGGCUACUACCAAAAAUGGCGCAACGGGGUCUGAGUUUUUGGGUCCAACAAGGAUCAAACAAGUAUUAUUACAUCAAAGCAAAGUGUAUUGUAUUAACUGAAACGUGCAGCGUAGUCGCUUCAUAUGGAAUUUAAGACAGAAAAGUCUUAUAAGCACUGGGCGAUUCAUGAUGUUUGAGUGGAGAGGGGGGGGGGGGGGAUGGGGGAGUUUGGAAAAUUAUAAAAUACUGCACCAGUACUUAAAUUGUGGGGCAUUAAAGAGCUUCACUUUUGUGUUAGUUCAGAGGUAGGACACGUGUAUCUACAUGUAUAUAUGCACACCACGAACAAAGGUAAUGCACAGAUGUAACUCUUGUAAAAUGUUAUUUAAAAAAAUGUACAAAAAAUGAAUAAUUUUAAAUUCACAACAACUCAUGGAUGAGGGUAGGGGGAAUAAAUCUCCCUCUUAAAUUAUCGGCCACUGUAUUCCCAGGGCGAAAACUUUUGCUGUGAUGUCGUAACUUUGCGUUUACGUUCGCAUUUGCUUUCGCGCCGAGUAUGAACCGGGCCUUAUAUCACAACUUUUUUCCUCAGCUGCCUUUGCAGCAAACAUGCCAACAAACAGUGACUAGCUUCACUUUCUUCAUCGAUAUGGGCUCCGAGCGCUAACAAGAGAGGGCAUUUGACCACUUUGGAGAGCCCUGUGGACGGGACACACUGUGCGUGCGUACUGGUUCGCGCGCAUAUAGCGGGACGUACGUGCGACUAAUGUUAUUCUGAAUGUGCACAAAGCAAUCCGGAUCGUAAGUAUGACGUCAUUUCAGGUUAACCAUGCUUAAUGCACACGGUGUAGCAUGGAACCAACGGAACCAGAAGUAGUGCGAAGUGGUGUGUCUAGCCAAUGUGCACUUGUAAUCAGUGAUGCGUGCACGUGUACGACGCAGUCACUAAGGGCCCUGUCACACUUCUGCGUAUCCUAAUUCCUUAUGAGUUGCACAUUGACAUUUUUUUCAUACGCAGUCGUACGCACAAUACGCA